CCCAAGCCAUUAUGUAAAUGGCCCGGAGAGCCUCUUACCGCCAGUAAACCCCCCUCCCGCUGGGCCCACGUGGUCCUGGGAGGGGAGGCCGCACUCUCAGCAGCCAGUUUUCUGAGGCCCUGAAUCCAGCCAUUAAGGAAACCGUCCCAGGGGAGAAGCUCGCAGGGCUUUGUCCUUGAGCCAGAAAAGGGCCUUGGCAGAGAAGCCUGAGGCCCCCUCAGUGGCCAGCCCAGAGCCGGUUCCCUGAGUGUGGGCCUGAGGGCUCCUCCCUGCCCAUGGCCGAGGCCCUGUGCCCCAGAGCAGGAGUGGGUGCAGGAGGAGGUGCAGUGUGGCCCAGAGACCUUGGCCUGGGCUCCGCCCUGCUCCUGUGUGACCUCAGCCAUAGGCUGGGCUCCUCAAAUCCCAGGUGCUCCUUGUGUGAGGGCCUGGAGAGGCCGGGCGGCCAGGCUGCGGGGAGCAGCACCCUGUGCACUGCCGCCCUCUUAGGGGACAGGACAGAGGAGCCUGGGGAGCUCCGGCUCUGUGGCCCUGGGUAGUGUCCCCACCCCCUGAGCUGUCACAGCAACGUAGCAGAUGGGACACCUUGCCUGGGCCUCAGUAGGUCCCUGUUGCAGACACAGUCCCUCUGGGGCAGCAAGUCCUGGGUCUGAGGAGCCCACAGUCUGAACACCCCGCCACGCCUGGGAGCGCGGGAGGGGCCUGCUCCUCUCGGACUCCCAGCACACACCCCACCGGCCUGCGCUGGGGCCCGUGGGCUCCCCAGGCACCUGGGAAGCAGUAAGCCACGCCCCUCCUCCACCGUCGUGUAAGGCUCUGACAGGGGCUGCGUCCAGGGCCAGCCGUGGCCCUGGGCUCUGGAAACUGGCCUGAGCGCAAAUGCAGGCUGCAGGCACGCGCACGCAGUCACUGGGAGUCGCCAGCCCUGCUGCUGGAGUGCGGGUUUCCAGGAGGGGACUGGAGCGCACUUCCGCCUCCCAUCACCGGAACUUGGGAAGCAGUUAGUGCAGGAAGCCGAGGUGUUUCCUUCCUUUCUCACCAGCCCUCCGGAUGCCUGGACGACGUGGGCCUGGCCCGUGGGGACCGCAGCUUCUAGGGCGGUGGGAAGGAGACCCCAGCAGGCAGGUGCACACACCUUCCCACACUGAGACCCCCAGGGAACGGCUGAGGGGCCCAGCCUGCCCCCUGAGGCCGAGGGAUCCAAGUCCCUCCCCACAACCAAGCAGCUCGGCCUCCUUCCCGACCACUGUCCUCCCUGGCGGAAGGUGGCCCAGAGCCCCAGGCAUGGAGCUGGUGGCUUUGGGGAGGGAAGACUCGGUGUUUGGUCCUGAAAUCAGAGCUGGGUGACUGGAUUCACCCCAUCCCCAAGAAUCACCCAGGCUCCCAGCCCUGAGAAGACCUAGGAGCCGGCAGGAGGGGUUUCUCCACGGCCAGCCGGCUCUCGAAGGGCCGAUGGGCGCCGAACUCUCAGCGGCCUCUCCAGGCAAGGCUGCUGCUGGGAGCGCGCCCAGCAGCCUCCACCUGGACGCGUGAAGCUGCCUGAGACCGUCCCAGGCAGAUCCGUUCUGUGAGCCAGUGUGAUGGUGACUGCCAUGCAUCCAGAUGGGAGACGCCGGGCGAAUGCGGCUCACAGGGAGACUCCGGCUCCCGUCCUGCCCGCAGCAGCCGAGCCCAGCCCUGCCACCACCAUGGAUGUCUUCAAAAAGGGCUUCUCCAUCGCCAAGGAGGGCGUGGUGGGUGCCGUGGAGAAGACCAAGCAGGGGGUGACAGAGGCAGCCGAGAAGACCAAGGAGGGGGUCAUGUAUGUGGGAGCCAAGACCAAGGAGGGUGUCGUGAACAGCGUGACCUCAGUGGCUGAGAAGACCAAGGAGCAGGCCAACGCCGUGAGUGAGGCUGUGGUCACCAGCGUCAACACCGUGGCCGCCAAGACGGUGGAGGAGGCGGAGAACAUCGCGGUCACUUCUGGGGUGGUGCGCAAGGAUGACUUGAAGCAACCUGCCCCCCCACAGGAGGAUGAGGCAGACAGAGAGGAAGAGGAAGUGGCAGAGGAGGCCAAGAGUGGGGGAGACUAGAGGGCUGCGAGCUAGCUCUGAGGACCAAGGACACUCCUCUGCUCUGGACCCCGGCACACGGA